UUCAGUGCUUACACACCAUUAACCCACUAAACACACGAAAAAAAAAUCCAACUCAAAAUGAAAUCUUUCAUAGUUUGCUGUAUGCUGGCGACAACGCUACUCAGCUUCUGCGUACUCAGCACCGAAGCCGGUUUACGCAAGCCAAAGAAACUCACGCCAGAGCUGGAAGCGAAAUUCGAGGUACUUACCGCCUGGAUUGCCUAUCGUCUCAACUUGAAACACGCCAAGGAAGCUUGUAUUGGUGAAUACGGUUUUACGGAUGAGCUCGCUACCAAUUUGGUCAAAAUUAAGGUUGCCAAUCCCAGUGCCAAUGAGAAAUGUUACGUGAACUGUCUCUACAAUAAGCUCGUCUUCUACAAGGAUAGCACCAUCAAUAAGCAAGCCAUGAAGGAGUCACUGUAUGAAAUUGUCGGUGAGGAGCGUCUCAUGAAUAUUGUCAAUUCAUGUAUGAAUGCUGGUGGCGCUAAUGACUGCGAUAAGGUGUACAAGUUCCAUGCGUGCGCCUCGCCUGAAUUCGAUAAGGUGCGCAGUGAUAUCUUCUUGCCAGAUGAAUAAAUCUGAUAUUCUAACUCAGAUUAAAAUUAUUGAAAUUAUGUUAAACUGUAUGCUAACUUUUAGUUAUUGUAAAUAAAUUAUU